AGAUGAGAUCACAGCAUCAGUCUGUCCUUUGUAGAUCUGGACAAUGAUCACAGAGCCAGAUUGGAUUAGUGAAACCUAUUUACCAGAAGUUCAGAGCAGUUGCAUGAAGCUGAAAGGCAGUCAGGAGAGAGAGGUGGAAAAUGCACCAGAUUUACAGCUGCAGCGACGAAAAUUUAGAAGUUUUCACCACCGUGAUUUCAUCCAAAUCAUGUAGUCCUGCCCGAAGGAGAGCCAAAAGUACGCAGCACAUCCUAACCAAGAGUGUGAUAGCGGUGUCUGACUGUCAGCCCCACCACGGUAAUCUCCACCAAAUGUUCUACAGAGAAGAGGAGGUACGGGGCUUGGGCCGCCUGCGGGGCGGGCAGCAGGGACCCUGCACCACCAUGCACGUGGGAAUAACUGAACGAGAGUCAUCCAAGUCCUGUAAUCACCAGUCAGAUAGAAAAUCUUUGCAGCCCCCAUCAUCGCUAGCCAUCCCCAUCGCAGCGAAGCCGGCGGCUCUCACAGGCUCCCCCACGGAUGACCACCCGCUCGCAGACGACCACAGGCAGCGCUUGAGGAAGAUGGCAGAGUACGACCUGACCCUGCCACCAGGAGCAGAAGCUUCUCUGCCACUGACAGGAGGCAACCUGUGCGGCACGCCCAGCCUGCUGAGGAAGAUGUGGAUGAAGCACAAGAAGAAGUCGGAGUACCUGGGGGCAACAAACAGUGCCUUUGAGGCAGACUGACAAGUCUUGGCAUCUCUCAGAAAGACAGAAGUUCCUUUAGCCAGGACAAGGUGCUCUAGGAUUGAUAAGGGAACAGACACAGGAAAAUGAUAUCCUUUUAAUUACUUGAUGCCAUUGCCUCAGAAAGGUAGGAGAAAGGCUAACUAAGGUAAAAAUGGUGAGUGUGAUGCAGCGUGCUAGCCUUUCUUUGUUGCAAUACACUAGAACCCCAAGUAUCCCACUAGAUUUAUGUCUUGACUCAAUGAUGCUGAAACUACUGCUGACCUUUUGUACACGUCCUGUCUGAAUCAGCUCAGACUCACAGCAAGAGAAGCCUGCCAAGAUGUUUGUGUGUUCCUGCAAGGUUACAGUUCUGUUUUUGUUACUGAGUGCCAUUGAGUGCCAGGGGUUUGCUCGCUGUGUACCCCCGCUCGCCCUCUUCCACUUCUCAUAUCCUCUCUUCCGAGAAAGAAGACAAAAAAUGCAUCUUACAAUUUGCUUGGUUGAAUGACGUAUGCUACACAUCUUUUUUCUUCAGUUUUGAUGUUUCAAGACAGGGGUAAAAGGUGCAAAAAAUUUAAAGACAAGAUGAGUCAGAACUGAACAAGUUUGCAAAUACAGAUUUACCAAACUUUGCCGCAUGGCAAGUCACUGGUGCUUUAAAGUGCCCUGCCAGUUCAAACUAUGGGCUACUGAAUAACCUCAAGAAAUAAUUUCUUCCAUUGAACCUGCUUAUUAAGUCAGUAACUUGCUGUCUACCUGUGCACUUCCUAAGUGCACAAAAUGCUAGUAGAAAAUACAUAAAUGAUGCAAGUAGACAACUAAAUGCAAGAUAUUUGCAUAUGCCAGACCUUUGCUUAUGAACUGGUGGAUUCAGUGGAAUCCCCUACCCCCAUUUUUUUUUUCAAACUUAGAAAUUGCUGAUCAUGGUCCCUUGGGCUUUCCUCUCAAAAAAAAAAAAAAAAAAGUAAUACAAAAAAUGUCACCGGUAUUACAGACAAGACUAUAUUAGUCAAGAACAAUACUUGUCUCAUGUAAGUGCUCCCCUGGUUAUUGUACAGGACUUUGGUUUGCCAAAGUACACAAUUUUAAAUACAAAACUGGAGAAAUUAUGGCUCCUGCAGCUCAUAGCAAUGAUGAUUUCCUCUGAUCUAACUGCCAGUGCUCCAAAGCAUGAAUGAAUGGGUGCCCAUUGAUGCACCAAAGGGGUGAACGGUAGGACUGCAGCCAGCAGUGUAACUGCAGUUACAUCUCCUUCCCUUCCUACCACAACUACCCAGGUAAUUUCUGCACUUGUGGUAUCUAAAGCAGUGAUUUCAUCCACUGCUUGUGUUAAGAUAUCUUCAAACUGGGCUGUGAAAAAAUGUAUUCCAAGUUUCUCGUCCAGUGGAGGACUGAGAGAGCCUUGGAUUACAGCCUACAGAGGUGCAGGCUUGGGCAGCGAUCCACAGCCAAAGGCCACCAAAUCAGAGGUACCAAGGCACAGCCCAGGCAGGAGGGAAAGGCUGCAAAAGCAACCAGGCGCAUUGGCUUUGGGGUGAGCAGGGUGGAGAGGUACACAGGAAAGGUUCACAGCUUGACAGCCUGAGAAGCCAAAGUCUGCGUGAU